GCCAGUCUGAUAUUUUGUACAAAUUUUGGACUGCAGUAACUCAGACACUUUCCUCUCAGUUUCAGUCAGCAACAGACUCCUCUAUGUUUUUGAAACAAGCUUUUGAAGGAGAAUACCCUAAACUACUGAGGCUUUAUAAUGACUUGUGGAAGCGCCUGCAACAAUAUAAUCAAAAUAUUCAGAGGAAUUUUAACACAAGCGGAACUACUGAUCUCUUUGCUGAACUACAGCAAAUGGAAGAGGAUACACAGGACAUAUUCAUGCAAAAAAACAAGGAUUAUGAUCCAGAAAAGGCCUUGAAAGAUUCACUGCAACAAUAUGAAGCUGCUUAUUUGUCAAAAUCCUUGUCUCGACUCUUUGACCCCAUCAAUCUUGUCUUCCCUCCUGGAGGUCGGAAUCCUCCUUCUUCUGACGAGCUUGACAGCAUCAUUAAAACCAUAGCCAGUGAGCUAAAUGUGGCUGCUGUUGAUCCAGACCUGACUUUAGCUGUGGCAAAAAACGUGGCAAAGACCAUUCAGCUCUAUAGUGUAAAGUCUGAGCAGCUUCUGUCUACUCAAGGAGAUGCCAGCCAGGUGAUUGGACCGCUCACAGAGGGGCAGAGGAGGAAUGUGGCUGUAGUUAAUUCGCUAUACAAACUGCACCAGUCGGUUCUGAAGGUCAUUGCCAAUCAGAGCUCAUUUCCAGCAGCCGCUGAACAAACAAUCACAACUGCCUUGAAGGCAGUCCAUGAUCUGAUGGGUAGUGCUAUUCAACCGUUGCUGAACUCUGUAGGAGAUUCAGUAGAAGCUAUUAUCUUCACUAUGCACCAGGAAGAUUUUUCUGG